GCCGUAGUCCCACCCAACCAAUAUUUUGAAGGCAAUCGAUAGUUCCAUCGGUCUCCGCUGAACUACCCAAAGUUUAUUGAUCCGUAGCGUAGGGUAGGGUAGUCGUGAAAACCAGACUUUUUGGGUCAGUGUUACCAAAUUGUGGGAGGGGGGAACCGGGAGAGAGCUUGGUUUGAAUGGCGGGGAGUUCUCCAAAAUUACUGAGAAUAAUGGGGUGCUAUGUGCUCUCAGUCUGGCGCUAACGGUCUCCCUGUUCCUUACGAAAAUGGUUCCGGCGAUGGAAGCUCCGGUGAAGUUCCUUUGCGGUCAUUCCAUUCUCAAUCGCCAAGUCUUCGCCAGAACCGCACACUCACUACCCUCGCUCGUAGUCUCUUCGGUCACUCGUCGAGAGAUAAGACCGCGGUUCUCUCUUUCACACGCUCACUCUUCAUUUUCGGCUGUCCCUUCCAAUCCGAAUCCCUUCUCGUUUCUUUCCUUCUCCCAGCACUUUACUUCACCAAUUCCGACAGAUAGUUUUAGCCAAUUCCUGUCCCGUUCAAAUGGCGGAGUUUCCAUCUGGAGUCGUUCUCCGGGGAAUUCUAUUGUGAAUGGGAGUAAUUCGGGGGUUUUGGGUGAUAAAGAGCGCGUCGUAACGGUGGUGUUGUUGGGUUGGCUCGGGGCCGAGACCAAACACCUGAAGAGAUACGUUGAGUGGUACAACUCCAGGGGCCUUCACGCGGUGACUUUCGUGGUUGAAGUGAGAGAGCUGCUGUGCUUUGAUUUGGGCCAAAGGCUCGAGCAGCGUAUGUCGGCGCUUGCUGACGAGCUCGUUUCGUGGGUAUCGGAGAGGGAGGAGGACGGUAGAGAACGAUGCUUGGUUUUUCACACCUUUAGCAACACGGGUUGGCUUAGCUAUGGCGCCAUUCUUAAUGCUUUCGAGGGUAGAAAGGACCUGAUGGAUAAGAUCAAAGGCUGCAUUGUUGAUUCGGGAGGAGGAGACCAGUUUAAUCCUCAGGUGUGGGCAGCAGGAUUUGCGACUGCUAUACUGAAGAAACGCAGUUCUGCAGUAUACCCUGUAGUUGACAGUGGAGAAUUGAAUGAAUUCAACAGUGAAAUGAACAUGUCAAAGAUGCAAGAAAAUAAACCUCCACUAAUUGAAACAGUGCUUCUAUCUGUCUUAGAGAAGUUUUUCGCAGUGGUUCUAAAACUGCCUGAUGUGGAAUGGAGGUUAAAAAGGGUUGUUUCCAAUCUCUCAAAAACCCAGUCUUAUUUUCCUCAGCUUUACCUCUAUAGUACAGCCGACAAAGUCGUUCCAUUUCAGACUGUAGAGUUCUUUAUUGAGGAACAGAGAAGGAUGGGGAGAAAAGUAAGGUCUUUCAACUUUGGAUCUUCACCGCAUGUUGACCAUUAUAGGACUUUCCCCAACAAAUAUUCAUCAGAGCUUCAUGAUUUCCUCCUGAACGAGUGUUUUGCUAAAGUUGAGCAGUUUUCUCUUGGAGCGGUAACUCAAAGGGAAACAGUGGAUCCUCAGAGGUCCCUCCAAAAUUUCAAUCUUUUGAGGGUGGAUACUGCAAAUUCUUUUAAAGAUGAAUGAUCUCAUGACACAAUCAUUCUUAAGUUAUGUGGAACUGAAGAAACAGGCCCAGAAGGACCUUGAAGCAGAUCUUGAUUUUGAAGCAGGCCAACUCAACCACACU